CGCUUUGGAGGCGCGGUAAUCCCGCGAGGGCACCCCGGGAGAGGGGCGGGGCGGACAGGGCAUUGCUAAGCGACCGAGAGGCGCGCUAGUCGGUCGGUGCUGGGGAGUUGCAGGCGGAAGUAGCCACCGGAUGAACCGUAGCCUGCCAGUUUUCAACACUCAAGACAGCCCCUUUGGGGAUUUUCCCCUGGGUCAAAACUAGCCCUGGCACCCCAAGACUCUGAGCCCAUCCAGGUCCCAGAGAUCCAGGAUCCCAGAAACUCCCAAGGCUCUGGCCACAGAUCCCAACUCCCCUGAGCUGUUUGAGAAGUCCUGGCCAUCCAGGUCAGGGACCCCUUCCCCACCCAGCACCACUGAGGAACAGAUGGGUACCUCUUCGCCACCCACUCUGAUUGACAGUGGUGACUCCGUGGUGGCCAAGUUCAUAAACCGGUUCCGGCAGGCUCAGCCCACAAGCCGAGAGGAACGCCAGCCUGCAGGCCCAACCCCAGCUGACUUUUGGUGGUUGCGGCCUGAAUCUCCAGACCCUAGUCGUCAACUUGCAGCAGCAGGAGCCAAUAAACCAGAAGGAAGACUCACCACAGAAAUCCCAACUCUUGCCAAGGUUGCCAGUGCAUCGCAGGCUAAGGCUAUGGCUCCCCUUCAGGAAAUAAAGCAGAGCCUCAACACAUGGAACUCAUCCCUGCUGGACCUGGAGAUGCUGAGCCUGCAAAGCAGAGCUGCCAGGCUGCUGAAACACAGCAAGGCCUCCGUCUCCUCCUGCAGCCCCACCAAUUCCGUAUUCCCUGUCAGCUCUGGUGGUCUAUCUCCCUCCUCUGUGGCCUUCACCCCUGACUCCAGCAAGGGCUCUGACCCCAAGGCACAUGCAACUCCGGCACCAGCCCCCCGCCCUGCUCCAGCCCUGGUCUCCUCCCAGGCACCCCUGCGGCCAGAGGAUGACAUUCUGUACCAGUGGCGACAGCGGCGGAAGCUUGAACAAGCUCAAGGGGGUCAGGGUGAUGGAACCUGGGUGCUGCCAGGGACCUCUGCCCUCACUACUCCGGUCCCUGUCCCCAUCUGUCUGCAUACCUCGCCUGCCCCUGCGGAGACCCUUAAUUCCCUGGGAACACAGCCUAACUGCAUCCCACUCUGGGGCAGUGUGGCCGGGCCUGCUCCCCAGGAAGCCUAUGUCGAGAGGCGUCCUAUUCCCCCAGAGUUCUCUACACACAUCUUUCGGGGCCCUUACCCCCAUGGAUUUUUCUGGACCCCACAGCCCGGUUCCUGGGUAUCUUUUGGGGGCGUCCCCCCCAUGCCCUGUGCCUCUACUCCUGGGCCCCCUAUCACCACCCAGGGCCCACCCACCCCUGCGCCAUGUACCUCUGCCCAGCUGGAGAGGCAGGACCCCAAACCUCGGAAGGGUAGAGCCUGGUGCCUGGAACCUGCUGGGCGAGUCAUGGUGGCUGAUCAGGAGCCUAGCCCACAGCUCCGUGGCCCUCUGGGCCAGGUAGUGACAGCUCGGCUCUUCCCGGACAGCUUGGAGGACACGCCCCCUCGCCUCAAGAGCCUGCCUCCACCUCUGGUUGAAUCUCGGAAAAUCAAGAACGCACAACCCAAAACUAAGGUUAUGCCCCCGUGCUCAGAAGUUACCUCCCCUCUAUCUGAUUCACGGUUUCCUCAGGGGACCUCACCUGGUCGGCCUAAGGCUGAGUCUCGAAAUGCCAAAGCCACGCCCCCCGAGGAGGGGUGGGUGCUUUGCAGUGAACUCAGGAAUCCUCAGCCCAAGGCCCCGCCCCCUCCAGCCGAAGAGGCUUCCACCGGGGCUGGAGCCCCGCCCGCUUUGUUCGAGGCGGGGUCUCUAGAGGCUGUGGUCACCUCCUCGCCCGCUGCUGACCACGCCCCCCCAGAGGACCUGCUCUCCCAGGCCGCCAGGCUUCUGCAGGCUGCUGAAGAUUCCGACAGCAGCGAGUUCCAGGAGGACCCUGUGCUGCAGGUGCUAAGGGUUCAGAGGGCUGAGCUGCGGCGGCAGAAAAGAACUAUCCAGAGCUCCAGAUCCUCCUGAGCACAUACCUCAGCCUCUACAACCUGGCUUUUUUCCAGGAAAGUGGACGCCCAAUUAUCCCUCCUACUGGGUCACACCGAAGACUCAGGGUCUUGGUUCCUCCUGCCAGGUCGACCCCCAGGUCCCCAAGGAUGUGGCUGAGGAGGAAAUAGCCUCACUUGAGGCCAGAAGAUUUUGAAUUGUACAAAUUCUAUUUUUCCCAAUGAAAUGCUCUUUUUGGGUUACAGUUUGUCUCUGAGAAAAGAGUUCUGAAAAGGCCAAAAAUCAUGCUAAUUUAGGGAAAUGCCCGCCCCCCCUGCCUCCCUGUCCUGCCCACCCCUACCCUAGUUACUGACUGGUACAGAAUGUCUUCUGGUUUCAUCCUCUUUGAGGGCAAGACAGGGAAGGGGUUCCAGGUAAAGCUUCAGGCAGGACUGGGACUCAUCUUAACUCAGGAGUGGGUGCUCCUGUCUCAGCCCACAUCCUGCUUGAACCAGCACAGUAUUUGGUUCAUUGAUCCCACCCUCCUUGAAGCAUUUCCUUCCCCGGCUUCUAGCAUCACUAACAUGUCACUUUGGUGUGUCCCAGGGUUGGGCCUUGACUUCUCUAUCUAAACUCAUUCCCAUGUGCUGUUGUAGCUUCCUGGCUCUAAAUCCUAUCUCUGUUCUGAUAGUCCCCAAAUUCCUAUCUUCAGUCUAGAUUGGCCACUAUACCUCAAGCUUCUGUGUCCUGCUACCUGCUCAUCAUCCUCACUCAAAGGUCUAAGAGAUGUCCCAAACUGCACAGGUCUUAAACUGAGCUCCCAAUCUUCCCCUAAACCUGCUCCUCCCAAACUUUCCUCAGCUUUGUCCUUCCUGCUCAGUCCAAAAGCCUCAUACUCGUCCUUGAUUCCUCUCUUUUUCCUCAUACCCACAGUCAGUUGACCAGCAAGUCCUGUCAGGUCUACCUUUAAAAUCUAUCCAGAAUUUAACCCCUUCUUCCCUUCUAUGGCCCACACCUUAGUCUAAGCUAUCAUUAUCUGUUUGGAAUAUUAAAAACCUGUUUGUUUUGUCAGCAAGUUCUUUGAAACAUUUCUUAUAAAAAAAUCUAAGUUUCUUCUCCUUAAAACUGGAUAGAACUUUGUGACCGCCUCCAUAAACGGAAUGCAGAGGAAGUGAUACUGUUUUAAAUUUCUAAACUGGAUUAGAAAAGAUAAUACAAUUUCCAUGUGGCUCCUCUCGCUCUCUCUUUCUUGCUCUCUCAAGCCCUGGGCUACUAUAUAAAAAGUCCAGUUACCAUGUUGGGAAGGGGUGUUUGUUACACAGGUGUGUGCACUUGUCAACAUACAGUGAAAUUUUUGAAUUUCAUUGUAUAUAAAGUUUACCUCAAAAAAAAAAAAGAAAUAUUGAACUGUAAUUAAAGAUAUGCAUGCUGAAUUAUUUAGGGGACAGCAUACCAAUGUCUAAUUUAUUUUGAAAUACAUUAAAAAUUAGAUUCAAGGAUGAAUAGAGUAAUAGGUGGAUGUGAAUAAAGCAAACAGUAAAAUGUUAAUUAUAAGAUCUAAGUGGUGGAUAUAUUGUAGAUUGUUCAACUGUGCUGUAUGUUAGAAACUUCAUAAUAAAACAUUGAAGAAUAUAU